UACGACGGGGCUUAUUGUGUGUGUGUCUUGUCGGUGGCUUCAAGAUGGCCUGUAGGCUGGUUCUACGCGCCAUGGUGUGAUCAUUUGAUUUCCGGUGGUUGUGUCUUUGUAAACGUUUCGUGAAAGAAUUCGUCAGUGUCAAAACGACGACGUGACUCGACCGGCUGGUAACUCGGGGCAACCUGAAAAUGUGACAAUCGACUGAAAACCGUCACUUGUGAACAGACCAUUGGCCAGCCUGUGCUUAUUUGCCGUUGACGUCAAUUAAGGUCGAAAUAUACCUUGAAACAGUUUGAUUCAUUGCCACAUGAUGCUCUUCGACGAAGGAUUAACUUCAUGGACAGUAUCAUGCGUUCACGAAUAAUCUGAUAGGAACACGGUAAGGACGUCUUAAAUAUUAUUACAAGCAAUUCGGUGGAGAGAGAGGACUGCUAUGGCCCUUAGUUGCGAGGUGAUUAAUUAUCAAACGCUCCAGAUGGAAUCGCCUUCGGCCCAGGACCGUCUUAUCGAGGCCCAAGAAGAUUUCACCUCGGCGGGAUCGUCGUCGGAAGCAACAACGUCCGCGUCGACGGAGGAGCCGUCUACAACCGCCGAAUCAACGGAACGAAGUGACGAAGAUGUCGGUUCUUUGACGACUGCGGCCGAGGAGGAUAUGCGCGAUGUCGUCGUCGUUGGUGAAUCCAUCGAGGAAAACGAGGAUACGUUUGUCAAUGUAGAAUCGUGCGAGGCUUCGCUCGCUUCUCUCGAGACCUCGAACGACUCUUCGGCCGGCGAAGGUCAACUAGAUUUCUCCGACAUGGGUCUUAAAUUGGGGAAGAACGAGAAACGAUCCGAGGACGAAGACGUGGAUGCGAACGUAGAAGUGAAAUCGAACGAAUCAAUCGAAGUCGAACAACAAGAUUGUUUAGAGGCGACGUCGACGACGAUAUGUACGACAUCGCAGACGACGGCAUCUACGACGUCAAUGUCGUCAUCGGCAACGUUAUCGCCGUCGCCGCCGUCGAUGGUUCAGUGCGUCAGCGAGAAACAGACGACGGAGUACUGUAAAACGAGCGACGGGGAAUUCGUCACCUCGUCGCCGAUAUGCAGAAAGAGACCGGCUACCGAUUUUCUGCCGAUCAAUGCGGAGAUCAAGCGAAUCGGCGUCGAGAUGCCCGAGAACGAGUCUAAUCAAGUAAGGAGGAUCUCGCCGGUGUUGGUCUCUCUUCGAGAGCGCACCCUCGGCGAGAUAUCGUUGUCCUCGGACUCGUGCCUGUUCGACAGCGAGGUUGGCAGUCGAUGCGUGCCGAGAAACAACAGGAUCCUCGAUGAUUUGUUGACGAGCACUAACUGUAGAUUGUCGACGAGCCUAGACGAUUCUUUUCAAGCCUCGGACCACGAUACCGAGGCGACAGAUUGCACGGACACCGCGGAACGCAGGAUGUGCAGAGUGGCGACAUCGUUGGAAGGUGAAUGUACCAGCGGGAGCGUGGAGGAGGCGCUGGCAGAGCAGGGCGAAAAGCUCGAGUACCCGGACCCGUUCAUCGACGAGGAUUCCUGUUGUUCCCUGUCUCGCGACAGCCCCGAGAGGAAUCUUAAAAAGUGCGAGGAGCCGAAACAGUGCGAGGAGCCGAUCGACGACGAGUGCUCGUGCAACGACACCAUGCCUGCCGGCGAUGCUUGCGCUGUUACGCGCGACGAAACCUCUAACGAACUGAUAAAAAAUUCGUUACCCAAUUUAAUAGUUAAGGUGGAACAGAUCGAUUUGUCCCGUUACUUGGCGGCCGAAAGGAAAGAUAAGAGCAAGCGUAUGGUAAUCGUACCUAAGAGGAAGCAGAAGAAAACUAGCGAGGAAUGCAAGGACGAUGCCGGUAACGUAGACGUAAGGACCGAUCCCAAGGAAUCGUUACAGUGUUUCGUCCCAUUGUGCACUUACACGAGCGAAAGUGAUGAAAAGACUGAGUCCCAGGACCAGGAGAAACAAGUAGACUCCGUUCUAGUAUCCACCGCGCGAGAAAAAUUAGAGUCAUCUUUCACCUCCACCCCCAUUAAGGAAUGCAAGGUGCUGUUGCAGAGGAUAACGUUGCCGAAAACGGCGAGAACGAUGACAACGAUCCAACAACAGGCGUUGGAAGAGACGGCGGCACCGAGGGCGAUAAUAGAAAAGUUGGCCGAGGACGAGGAGGUCGUGUUUUCAUUCCCUCUUCCUUCCACCGCGAAUCUACAAACGUUGAGCAAUUUGGAUCCGAUCGAGGCGACGAGACCCACCUCUCCGGAGGAGUUGUUGGAAUCUACUGCGGACGUUGCAGAAGCUAUCGAUACAGAGACGGAAACCGAGACUGGUUCCGAUAGUUCUGAAAUGUCGAGCAUGACGAACGUACGUCUCGGUGGAUGCGACGAUGACGCUGCUUCCGACCAAAUAUCCUGUCAAGAGAGCGAGUCCAUUUGUUGCGUCGACAUUAAUCCGGAGAUCAUAUCGAGGUUGGAACCGGAGAGGCCGGAACCUUUCACCGAAGAUUCAGCGGAAAGUUUGGCCCUUGCCACCGGUGCACGAGAUGAAGUUAGAUCGGAUGGAAGCGAUUCUGGUCUGGGGAGCGAGAUUCCUGGUGAUCCAGGGCCUGCACCGGUGCCGGAAAGCGAUUCCGAGACCUCGUUCUUAGAUAGGAUACCGGAUGAUAUUCUUUCCGACAAAGAGAAAGCAGUGAAUCAAUUGGAUAGCUUUGUACCGAACGUGGAUGUACCCGAUACGCCGCAGACGCCAUUGACGAAUUUUCGCAGUCCUUCGAAGAGUAAUCUGAAACGAAGAUUGAUGGAUUGUAUGGAAGGGGUUCCUAGCCCAAAGAGGAGCAAUACGGAUGAAUCCAUGAAAAAGAAACGCAAUAUUCAGUUCGACGCGGUCACAGUUUAUUAUUUUCCCAGGGCACAGGGUUUUACUUGUGUACCUUCUCAGGGUGGCAGCACUCUUGGCAUGAGCGCAACUCACACUCAUGCUGAACGAUUCUCGUUAUCGGAGCACGCUGCCGAACAGAGGCGAAUUCAUCGUGCUAGGCUAGCUCAAUUACGCUCCGAGCGUGCUGCAAAUUGCGUAUCGGAAGCGGCCUCCAGUUCUGAGGAUCCUAGCGACGAUACGGACGAGGAGCAAAGUGAUAACGAGGAUCUGGAUAUCGAUAGUUAUUACUUCCUGCAACCAGUGCCUACAUGGCAGAGACGAGCUUUACUUAGGGCAGCAGGAGUACGUAGAAUAGACGCGGUCGAGAAGGACGAGUGCCGCGAUAUUAGAGCUAGCAGAGAGCAUUGUGGUUGCGGGUGUAAAGGAUACUGCGAUCCCGAGAGCUGUCCUUGUAGUCGAGCUAAUGUAAAGUGCCAGGUUGACAGAGCGGGUUUCCCUUGCGGAUGUACCCGCGAUGGUUGUGCAAAUAGUUCAGGCAGGAUCGAGUUUAAUCCAGUACGAGUACGAACGCAUUUCAUUCACACGCUGAUGCGAUUGGAGUUAGAGAAAAAGCAACGAGAAGAGGAAGAAGGCGCGGAUCAUGACGCUUCCGACAAUCAAAACGGUAGAAGUCCGUUACGAGAGAUCAAUUUAGGAUCCGUGAUGGAGAAUAGGACUACGGAAUCAUGCCUGAACGGCGGUGGAUUUACGACGCUGCAUUACGAGAAUCACGACGCCAGAGAUGGCGGGACAAAUUGUCAGCCAGAAGUGUCCGGUACUAGAGAGGAUAGCCUGGAUUUGUAUGCGAUUAGAGAUGAUUGUUAUCCUAGCGAAGACACUGUUGACGGUACGCAGGGACCUCAAAGGAAACUUCAUCCUGAAUUUAGUCAAGCUUUUCAAACGUUCUCGGGGCAAACAAGUGCCGGGGUUAACUUUCAACAGCCUCCUUAUCAGGAUUAUCAGCCUUACGCUAACCUUCCUUCCACAUCUAGGGUGCAAUUUCAGCCGCAAUUCCAAACGGUGCCAGGAAAUGCAGGGUUCUCACACUACGCGCCUUACGGACAAGAUACCGGAUCAAUUCAGGGGAACUGCCAGGUCCAUCCCGGACAACAUACUUCCACCUAUGAAACUAGUUUUGCGCAAGAUGAAACAACCGGAUCACAAUAUACAAAUUUAAAUUCGGUACAGCCGAUGAAUACCGUGGUUCAACAGAUGGGUAAACUAGAACCAUUUUCUGAACUUUUGUCUGGUAGAUAUUCGUAUUACGGUGAAAUGGAGCCUCAACCGCACAGUACUUAUCACGGUAAUGGAACCAAGGUUGAGGUGGAGAAGAAUCAAGCUAACGAACAACAAUCGGAAAGUACAGAGGAGUGCGACGAAAAUUUUGGGGAGAUCAUAAAAAAAUCAAUGGUUGAGACUGUAUCCGCUUAGGUCAAACUGUAGAUACGAUGAAUUGUCUAUGUGCAAGUCCGUCAAAAGUCCGUUUUUGACCCAUAGUGAUUUAUAAUGAAAAAUAGAGUAAUUUCGACAAGUUUUCGUCGAAAACCUCGCGAAUAAAAGAAAAGAAAAGAGAAGAAAAAAAAAAAAAAAAAAGAAAAAAAAUAAGAAAGAAGAAGUAUCCCGAUAAGAAGGUACUGGAAUUUUAACCAGUUAUCCUUCCAUGCGUUAGAUAAAUCUGAGUAAAUUGUUUAUGUGAUUUUCGAAUAGAACAAGUGUUCUCCUCGAGAAUCACUCGCGGUUAUAACUACGACGAGUCCCGUGGAUGUCGUUAGAAAAAUUACGCGGAUACGUGUGCGUCCGCCCGGGAUGGAACUUUGAGACAUCGUCCUUGUUGUUCCUUUAUUAUAAAAUCAUCGAUUGUGUAAUUGAUUGAACGGAUAAGACGAUGCUCUCAAUAAACGUGAAGAGAAUCCAGGGCCGCCAAUUCGGUGAAGGAUUUUCGAGGAAAGGUCUUCGUCGAAAAUCUUCAUGAACAGUCUCCUUGAACCGACAAGAAUUCUGUAUACAGUUACAGAACAAAUUCAACGAGGUUGUGACCAAGAAACAACAUAUGGGAUCAGCUUAGAUUGCAGUUUAUAAUACUUAACUUUAAUACUUUAAUCAUAGGAACGCGGGUCUCGCGUCUUUUUAAAAAAAGAAAAAGAAAAAAAGAAUAAAACAAGUUUUCGAAUCCGUGCGACAGCGGCGAUGGCGAAAAACUUAAUAUUUAAUUGCGACAGCGGAAUCGAAAGAUGUUCGCAUUGCUGAUCAGAAAAGGAAAAAAAAAAAAAAAAAAAAAAAGAAAAAAGAACAUAUGCAUGUACACAGACAAAAACACAUUUAUAUUACGACCACGAAAAUAUGAGCGAUUGUGAUACCCAAUUGCAUAUGAAAAUGCAAUUUGCCAGGAUCGUAGAUUAAGAAAA